AUGUGUUCUCAUCAACGUUUAGGUAGGGCUACCGUUUUUGCAGGCAUUGCAGAUAUAUUGGUGCGGCAGGGGGAUGAACGAGCCGUGUGGGUGUGGUACGUAGCGCAUCCAAGCUCGAUGCUUUCAGUUGUUUCUGUCUCGGCAGAUAGUCGGGGAAUUGGAUGGCGGUUUCCAUUCCUUGAUAGCAAGGAAGGAUUUCGUAUUGAUGUGGCGAUAUCUCGCAGAGGCGUGAAAAUGAACCGGAGCUCACAUACCGUGCCCAUUUCUGCGGCCGUUGCGCAAAUAAAGCUUCUGUCUUGUGUGGCGAGGCAUCCACCGCGCCUACAUAUUAGCUGUACGGAGGUCAUGGCUCUGGAGGAGCUGUUUUUGUCUUUGGAGAAGGGUUCGUGUGGCAUGCCUGCUGUGAUAGUGGCAAGGCUACAAACGAACAAAUUUAGUUACUUAUUGGGCCACCAUAAACGGCUGACUGGGCGCGUGUUGUCACUCCUUCGCACCGUGAGGAUGCUCUCACUGGAAGAAAAUAAGGGGGAGGAUGGCAAACUGAGUGAUCUACAUGAACUAAGGAACCUGAGGGUGCUGAGUAUUACGGGGACAGUCAUGUUUUCCUUAUCUCCACUUUGUGGGAUGCAAACACCGUCGGUUAUUCACAUAAAAAGAACGGGCAUAACGGACGGCGCAAUUCGAGUGCUGAGCCAACUUGUGCAGUUGCGUCGUCUUCUGCUUGAAGAAUGUAAAGGCGUGGUCACGCUGGCUCCAUUUACCGCUCAUCCGUCCUUGCAGUACAUAUUGGCGAUGCGAUGCGACGGGUUCAGAGAGUUCCGUGCGCUCACAACUAUUCCGACGCUUGAGUACGUCAAAUUGUCAAUGUCCGUCGUGGGGCCUGACGACAUGGCCCGCUGCAUGGAGGGUUUCAAAGCUCCAACAGAACUCAUACUCGACGGGAUUCGCUUUUCUCCUGUGCGUGUUGUAGGCGUGGAGGAAUAUCAGCAGUUGCGAACACUCUCGCUGUGUGAGUCGGUCUUGGAGAAUUAUGAAUGGAUUGCAAGAGCAACAUAUUUGGCGAAACUCGACUUGAGUGCAACUCGUGUCAAAGAGGAGGACUUGGUUGGGCUGUGCAGAUUACUUUUUUAUUUGGAAACGCUUUUACUGCGCUCUUGUAAGCAUCUGAGCACGUCUUUGUCUUUUCUUUUGCCUCUGCAUCAGAUGCGCAGUGUAUCUAUUUCAAAUUUCAGUUUGCUGCGAAAUAAUUGUAUUGCCUUGCUGCGGGAGCGCGGUGUGUUGUGCGAUGUCUCCUAA